CAGCGGCCGAAAGAUUCUCUCUCUCUCGCUCUCUCUCUCAGCAGAGGAUCGAUAGCUAGGGUUUCCUUUUCCUACACAAACGCCCAACAUCCGCACUCGCAUUGAAUCCGAUCCAGUCGCGGCCGAGCAUGGAAUUGGGGUGAUCGUACCCUCCCAAGACCAGAUCUUGGCCGCCCAUUGAUGGAGGUGGGCCAUGGCUGCCAUAGGAAUGAGAGACGGCAUUUCCAUAGCGGUCGGUAGUAGCAGCUGCGAUCUGUACUCGCCGGCCAAGGAGAAGGCGGCGACGAGAGGCGUCUACAAUAGCCGCUCCCCGCUUCUGUGGCGGGCCCGGAAACUCCUCGGUGCCACCAAAUUGAGGUUCCUUCUAGCUGCUUGCGUGGCCUUCGCCGUCCUUCUCAUCGCCAGCCGGGCCAGCUCGUUGAUGGGAUGGGACCUCCACGCCUCUUCAUCCAUUUCUUCUCCUUCCAGGGGAGGCUACACGGUGCUGAUUAACACUUGGAAGCGCAACUCUCUUCUCAAGCAAGCUGUGGCUCAUUAUGCCUCAUGUGGUGGGACCGAUGCAAUACGUGUGGUGUGGAGUGAAACCGAUCCACCAUCAGACAGUCUGAAAGCCUAUCUUAAGAAGAUUGUACUGUCGAAGUCUAGUGCUCACAAACCUAACUUCAGGUUUGACCUGCAUGAGGAGGAUAAUUUGAAUAACAGAUUUAAGCCAAUUAAGGACCUUAGAACAGAUGCAAUUUUUUCGGUCGAUGAUGAUGUUAUCAUUCCUUGCUCGACUUUGGACUUUGCAUUCACUGUAUGGCAAAGUGCUCCAGACACAAUGGUGGGAUUUGUUCCGCGUAUGCACUGGUUGGAUGAAGAGAAGGAUGGCGUCACAUACUACAAAUAUGGAGGUUGGUGGUCAGUCUGGUGGAUGGGUACUUACAGUAUGGUUCUCUCAAAAGCAUCAUUUUUCCAUCGGAAAUACCUGGACUUGUACACUUACAAGAUGCCUUCAUCCAUUCAGGAUUAUGUAACCAGAGAAAGAAACUGUGAAGACAUUGCAAUGUCUCUGCUUGUUGCUAAUGCUACUGGUGCUCCUCCAAUCUGGGUCAAAGGAAAGAUAUAUGAGAUUGGAGCCUCUGGCAUCAGCAGCUUGAAGGGCCAUAGCAAGAGGAGAGACAAAUGCCUCAAUGACUUCAUUUCCCUCUAUGGAACUAUGCCUCUUGUAUCAACAAAUGUGAAAGCAGUAGACGCAAAGCAUGAAUGGUUCUGGUAGCCUUCUCUUCCUCCUUGCGACUUUUCAGCUCUUACCAUUCAUCUCUUCUUUUGGAGCAUGCCCGGGAUCUCUGAAACAUGUCUCUGAAUGGAAAUACCUCUAUCAUUCCGAAUGGGUGGAGCAUCAGACAUAUCACUUCAACAGGGUAUGUAUUACUGUUUUGCUGUUGUAGAAGCUUGGGCACUUGUAUUGUCAUGAAUAUUUUGAAAUGAGGUUGAUUUUCUUUAAGAUAUUCAUGAUGCAAGCAUUACAGCAACUUUCUUUAUUUAAUCAAGUGUUUCUAUUUAUCUGCGGUAUUAGUUGUGGAAGAUCGAGUAGCUGGUUAAUGCUUCUGUUUAUUGAAAUCUUGUGGAUGCAGACAUGAUAUAUGUAUUUCUUUUUUUUUAAUAUGUAUUUAAGCUUAUGUAUUACCUCCAGGUAUGGAUUUAAGAGAACUUUUAGGAUACUUGUGCACAUUGAAUGUAAAAAUGAUCAUGUUUCUUAUUGACAAUUUCUUGAAGAGUUCCUUUCUUAA